GUAAACGUCACCCAAGAAACGUCAUUUGCGCUAAAGAAAAGUGCAAGUUUUCGAUAUUUAUUAAAAUAUCUAAUAGUUUGUGUGCUUUUAUUAUUUAGAUUGUUUUCAGCACCUGCCAUGGCACCACAACAAUCUGAUGUUGAUGAAUUAUAUGAUAUUAAAUAUGCUUUUUACACCGGCAAUUUUCAACAGUGCAUAAAUGAGGCCCAGAAAUUAAAGCCUUCCAGCCCUGAUAUUUCAGUUCAACGAGAUAUUUUCUUAUACAGAGCAUACAUUGCUCAAUCAAAAUACAGAGUUGUUUUGGAUGAAAUCACUAAGAGUUCUUCUCCAGCCCUGCAACCACUAAAGCUUCUAGCAGAAUAUUAUGCACAACCCUCAAAAAGACCAGAAAUAUUGUCAGAAUUAGACGAGAAAAUUGCAAAAGGUGGUGAUGAUGCUACCUUGGAAUCAUUCUUGAUUUCAGCUGCUACUAUAUAUUAUAACGAAAACAAUAUGGAUGCAGUCUUGAGGUUAUUACAUGGUUCAGAUCAUUUAGAGUGCUUAGCAAUGACUUUGCAAACACUGUUGAAAAUGGACAGAGUAGACUUAGCUCGAAAAGAACUGAAAUCUAUGCAAGAGUUAGAUGAUGAUGCAACGUUAACUCAACUGGCACAGGCUUGGGUGAAUGUUGUGUCUGGAGGCGACAAAUUACAAGAUGCCUAUUAUACAUACCAAGAACUUUGUGAUAAAGCUACUCCAACACCAGCUUUAUUAAAUGGUCAAGCUGUAAGUUUAGCAAAUCGUGGCUUAUGGCAAGAGGCAGAAGGAUCAUUGCAAAAUGCUUUAGAUAAAGAUCCCAAUCAUGUUGACACAUUAAUCAAUAUGAGCGUUAUUAGCCAACAUUUGGGUAAAGCUCCAGAGGUUGCUUCAAGGUACAUAUCUCAAUUAAAAGAUUCUCACAGUCAACAUUCUUUUGUCAAGGACUUGUAUCAGAAAGAAAAUGAAUUUGAACGUUUAUGCAAACAAUAUGCACCAUCAAAUACAAAAGAACCAGAAAUUGGUGUUCUAUAAUUAGUGUUAA